CGAGAUCACCACCCAUGACCCAAAUCCCAUCCGGAAUAAAAAAACCCCAACGAAACCUAUUCGAGAUAAAAAGGAGAUAAAAGAUAUUCCACCCAGCGAAGAAAUAGAGAGCGCGAGAGAGAAGGAUAAAGAGCGAUGUGCCUGGUGUUCGUGUGCGACGAGGAGGAGACAGUGCUGGGAACUCAGCAGGCGCCCGGAAACUGCCCGUACUGCGGAGGAGCGGUGAUGGCGACGGACGUGGAAACGGCUUGGAGGCUCUGCUGCCUUCCCCUCUGCCUCAAGACCAAGAGGAAGUACUCCUGCACUAGUUGUUCCCGCCGUCUCGUCACCUACCCUUAGCUUAGCUUGGAUCCUUCUAAGCCAUGCACCCAAAAUCCAAUCUUAAUUAAUAUGCUUGUAGAGAACUGUUGUUGAUGCUGUCUAGUUCUAGUAAUUGUCAUUGUCUUGUGUUUGUUUCUUUCGCGGUUCUUGGUAGAGAAGAAAAGCCCAGAUUAUUCCUGGUGAUUUCUGGUUACCUAUCCUUGGAUAUGAUUCUAAACGCCUCACCAAAACCCCCGCAUCCUUUGAUCUUUUGAGCCUAGAUACCUCGCUGUUUCUACUCUGUUUCUAUAAUAAUAGAAGAAGGAAACACCCUUUGUCCCCGAGACUGGUUACCUGCCAUCAGUUAAAAUCCCCCAACAAAUCUCAUCUUUCCUUUGAUCAUCUUGUUAUUUUGGCUCAGCUUAUUGAACACCUCCGAUCAUUAAGGUGAUCUGAUUGCUGUUUUCUUAGGAUCGUAGAGGAACAUAAUUCAGAGAGCUGACGUCUGGUCGCCAAACUGUUGUUAAGUUCUUUCUUAAUCUCGUCUUUAUUUUGGCCCCUUUUUUUUCGUUUAGUUUUAGUUUGUACGUACCGUGGACCUCUCUUUUUCUGGGAUAAAGGAUAAGGCCAAGAGGAAAAUCCAAGCCGUUCUCGACGGGGACAGAUCAUCUACCUCUACCUUACUCCUUCGCUAAAUCUCAUCUUUCUUCGAAUCUUUUUUUAGUUAAUCUGUCAUUGUUCAUGCUCUUCUUUUGGCUGCAAGGGGAGAAAGAGCCAAAUGUGUAUUGGGGAGGCCACUUUGGAUGCUCUCUGAUGGAGGAAUGGAGCUCGGGAGGGGAUCUCUCCAAAUGGUUUCUAGCUAAAAGGUCUUCGAAAGGGGUCCUCAACGUUUCUUCAUUGGUCUUUCUUUCCGAUCUGAGCUUUUCUAUAACGUUAGGUGUUUCUUGUUCAUAUUUUCCCUUUGUUUGGUCCCCAAUGGUGGUUGUACCAGAUGAGAGGAAUGGAAUUAAUUGCCUAAGUUUUCUCUCUC